GGUCAUCCCCCACCCCCUUAAAAACAAGGAAAGUGGACUGGUGACUGCCCAAGACUGGGACACAGAGUCCAAUUUCUUUGUAUUACUCCAACUCAGUUCCCUGCAUUAUUCUCAACUUCAAAUCCCCACGGGGGAAAUUAGUCCCCGGCAUAUCAUCUUCCUAUUCAGCACAGGUGAAUCUGGAAGCAACUAGCAUUUGUGCUUUGCAUCCUGCUUGGACCUGUCCUGGUGGCUUUUCACCAUCCUAAUUCCACCUUUUGGAAAUUGAGGAUGUAGGGCUCAGGAAACCAGAAAAUGUCAGGUCUGAGGGAGAGAAAAGAGCAAGCUGAGCAACACACAGAGCUCUGUGUAUUCAGAGGCAAGUUGGCAGGGUUGUACUGGAACAGAGAAACUCCAAGUGGUACAAAGAGACGUGCCCAGAGUGGAGAAAUCAUGCUAAUUGUCUGCACCAGAGCCCAAGAACUCAACCCAAAAUGAAGAGAGAAAGGGGAGCCCUGUUCAGACGCUCCAGCGCCCCAAGCCUCACUCCUUUCGUCUGCCUCCUCCUGAUCCAGACAGGCUCGCUGGAAGGGGUGAAUAUCACAAGCCCAGUACGUCUGAUCCAUGGCACUGUGGGGAAGUCAGCUCUGCUUUCUGUGCAGUACAGUAGUACCAGCAGUGACAAACCGGUAGUUAAGUGGCAGCUGAAGAGGGACAAACCAGUGACAGUGGUACAAUCCAUUGGCACUGAAGUCAUUGGCACCCUGAGGCCUGACUACCGUGACCGAAUCCGGCUCUUUGAGAAUGGUUCCCUUCUUCUCAGUGAUCUUCAGACAUCUGAUGAGGGUACCUAUGAGGUAGAGAUUUCCAUCACUGAUGAUACUUUCACUGGAGAAAAGACCAUCAACCUCACUGUGGAUGUUCCCAUCUCAAAGCCACAGGUUGUGGUGGCUUCAUCUACUGUCCUGGAGCUCAGUGAGGCCUUCAUACUGAACUGUUCCCAUGAAAAUGGUACCAAAGCCAACUAUACUUGGCUGAAGGAUGGCAAGCCACUCAGCAAUGACUCAAGGAUGCUCCUGUCUCCCGACCAAAAGGUGCUCACCAUUACACGAGUGCUUAUGGCAGAUGAUGACAUCUAUAGCUGCUUGGUGGAGAACCCCAUUAGCCAAGGCCGAAGUGCCCCCAUCAAGCUUACUGUGUAUCGGAGAAGCUCCCUUUAUAUCAUCCUGACUACAGGAGGCAUCUUCCUCCUUGUGACUUUGGUGACAGUCUGCGCAUGUUGGAAACCCUCCAAAAAAUCCGGAAAGAAGAGGAAGCUGGAGAAGCAGGGCUCUCUAGAGUAUGAGGAUCAGAAUGAUGACCACGUAAAAUCUGAAGUGGAAACCUUGCCCCGAAGUGGCGAACACGAGCGGAAGAACCCUGUGGCCCUGUACAUCUUGAAGGACAAGGACCCACCAGAAGGGGAGGAGAGCUCCGCCCCGGACCCUCGGAGCGCCACUGAGCAGAGCCCGCCCGGUUACACUAUCUCCUCUGCUGCUCCAGGCCGCUCUCCUGGGCUGCCCAUUCGCUCAGCCCGCCGCUAUCCUCGCUCACCUGCCCGCUCUCCGGCCACCAGCCGGACGCACACGUCCCCCAGUCGGUCCCCGAGCUCUCCCGGCCGCUCCCGCAGUUCUACACGCACCCUCCGGACUGCAGGAGUGCAUAUGAUCCGGGAGCAAGAGGAGGCAGGCGCCGUGGAGAUCAGCGCCUGAGCCCUCAUGGGGCCCUGCCUCCGCCUGAUGGGACUUUAGUCUCCCGUUUGGGGUGAGGUCCACAUGGCCUCUCAGGGGGGAGGUCACGUGCUCGGGAGAGCUGGGCGCCUGUGAGGGUGACCGAAGGGGUGUGUCCCUGCUUCCCAUUUAACAGCUUGGUUCCCGGUUGGCAACAGGUGGGUGUGGAUUGUGUCCUCUUAGGACCCGCCUCUAGAUGAUUAAAUUCCAGGUCUGCCCCUACAGGAGCCUCGUGGAGACUAACAGUAACCCUAACACUCUGGACUGGUUUGUGCCCUUCCUCCAGGCUCCCAGGGCUUUACCCAUCACCCCCCCUUCCAAAUUCCUGUCUUGCCCGCCCCUGGAAGCUCCUUUUUACUAAGCAGGACAUUGAAACAAGAGCAAUGAGUUUGCCCAGGAUCACAGGGCAGUUUAGGACUGGAGAAAAUGACAAGAGCUUUAGUCGAGACAGGAACUCUAUGUCCAGCCCAUGAGGAGGCCAGAGGCCGCUCACAUCAUGGGGAAAAUCCCUAGGUGGGUGAGUUUUAUAUCAGCCCAUACCAACCCCACGCAGGAAGCUGGGUACCGUGAAUAUUUACCUUCUGCGCCUGUCAGUGCAGGCUGGGGGGUUUGCAUGAGAGGAGGCAUAUCCCCUAGAAGAGUAGAACUGUAGGGUCUGCUUUAGGAUAGAGAGAAUGGCUUUUCCCUGUGCUUCAGUCCUGGGGCCUUGGGCAAGUUUCUUCAUCUAUAUAGGCUCUGGUUUUGUCUCUUGUGGGUAUAUAAGAGGAGGAAGUUGGAUGAGAUUAUCUCUGAGGUUUCUUUAGGUUCUAACAACCCCUUACACUACAAAUUUAUGGUAGGUGAAGAGGGGGAAGCUUCCUGGCUCAUGUUUGAUCCCUAUUUGCCAAGUACAGCCUCCCAGAAACUGGUCUGGGUCCUACAAAUCUGCAGACCCUUACUUCCUCAGCAUCACACAGGACAGUCCUGUCGGGGGACACCAGACCUGAGAAGAGGCUAGGGGAUUUGUGCUUUGGAAGCAAAGAUUUUACCCAACUCCAGAAGAACUGUAUCCAUCCCCAUAGAGCCUUCCUCUUUCCCUCCUUCCCCAACUUCCAUUAUCUUCCCUCUCCCAACAAAACUUGCAAACAAUCAGAAUUCCUUGGAAAGAAAUUAGAGGCCCCUACUGGACAAACCUUGCUAACUCUUUUUCUCAUAUUUGGAUAGAGAAAACAAAGGUUCCAGUCUUUGGAGUGGAUUCCCAAUGAUCAAAACUACUGAGGUCAGGAAGUCAUGUUCUGACUCUUGGCCCUCUGCCACUCAUUCUCCUUCUCUCAGACACCCGGGUCCUUGGGAAGCAGGAUAAGGGUAGCUUCCCUAAUUGAACUAACAACUCAGUAGUGAGGGACUAGGCUAGGCCCUCGUGUAGUUGGCCUUAUGUUUCUGCCACCCAUACUGUCCAUAGAGAGGCAAUAAUCUACUGUGUGUGGAGAGAAUGCAAUUAAAAAGCUGAAAGUGAGGGAGGCCCCCUCAAGGGAGCCAGGCUCUGUGCACUCUGUCUGUCCCUCAUACCCUUCCAGUACACUUCCAGGAGCUGUAACACUCUCCCUGUGUCCUCCCUAUCACAGCCUCCUGGAAAGAAAGCAGCCUUGCCCUUCCACAAACUACCUCUCAGGAUGCUCUUCUUCCUAGCACUGAUUCAAAGGGCUUAAGCCCUUUACCCCUAGACCUUUCACUUUUUAUUACUUUUAAAACAUCCUAACCCCAAUUUCAGGCACCAAUAUUCCUACAUCUUGACCCUUGAGUCUGCCUGGCUCCUUGGGUUCAGAAAUUCCCCAUGCCCCAAAUUUAAUAACCCUGGGGUAUUCUGGGUAAAUCUCAAAGCAUUCCUGUCGUGUAAAAAUCAGUGUAAUUACCCUAGACACAAGUUAUCUUUAAAGUUAAGAGCAAUCAUUUUCUCCUUUAUAGUCCCUAACCUCAGCCAUAUAUUUUGGAGCUAGAGUCCUAGUCUACUGCAACCUUUCCCCCUCUUCCUCUACUACAACUAUACUGGGCAAUUUCCUCAAGUUUGUUGCUUCUCAAAGGCCUUCUGCACCCUUAUUUACAACCCUAUCCAUGUCCACCAUUGAGUUAGGUCAGAAGGUUUUUGCUCCAAAACCUGUGGGAAGCAAUAAUAGAGCAUGGGGUAGCAUCCUGCUUUAUACCUAUCUUAAAUGUCACUAUUCCAGACUUUUGUUCCUUUCCUUUCCUUCUGAUUCUAUGCUCCCACCAACAAAUUUAACUCCUAUUGUUAUAUAAGAAUUGAUUCCUCUAGAACUUCCAGGGAACUUGUUUGUUUAUCCCAGCAAAAUGAAGGUACACAUUUUUGAUUCUCCAAAUUAACCCUGAUUUGGAAAAGCGAAUAUUAGAGAAAUGGCUUCUAGGUUGGGAAGUGUACCCUCUGCCACUUUCUAUAAAUCUUCCACUCUCCCACUUCUGCUAAACUUAAUCUAAUUGUGCCUCAGACAAGUAGUAUAUAUAGGAUAAGGGAAAAAAGAUCUAAGAAGGCUUUUAACAGCUUUACUUCCACUCACCUACUUCUGGAGGCCAAAGAAGAGCAAACACCUUCCAUCCAUCCUUUAAAUCUAUCCCUUUUUCCUCUUUCCUUCCUCUUUCAAUACAGAGGAAGCUGUGAUAAAAGGGAAAAAAACUGGACUUGGAAGACCCCAGUUCAAAUCCUGCCUUUGCCACACAUCAUCUAUAUGACCUUGGACAAAUAUUUUAACUUUUGGGGGCCUUAUUUUCCUCAUAUGUAAAAAAUAGGGAUGUUAAUACUUCUGUAGUGUGGGCAUAGCACCUGACACCCUACCCCCUUCUGUCUCAAUCUGAGCUCAGGCACCCAACCUGAACCCAUGAAGGCAGGCUGAAGGAUUUGUAGAUGGGGUGGCCAUUUCUAGAACUUACUCAGGAUUCUAGGAGUAAUCCUGAUGGCCAAGAAUAUACUUUUGAUGUAGCUCCUGAAUUCACACCAGUGUGGCUCCCAUUUAACAAAUAACCCAGUUCAUUUCUAUUAACUGCCAAUUAGAAAUACUAAACAGAAGGUAAAACAAGAAUAAUGAAGAAUAACAACAUGCUACCCAUUGAUGAGACAUAUUUUCCCACCAAUGCACAAUAUCCAUGGGAGUAGAAUAGGCACAAAAAUUAUAGAACCACAGCAGAUAGGUAAAUAUGUAGAAAACACAUGGCUGGGGUAAUUCACAAAUUUCUGCUGUGGACCUUGCUGUCCUUUUGUCUUCCUCAGGAAUAGUCUGUACAAUUCAUUGCUCAGUAGGGCUGCUUCUUUGCUAGCUGUUCCACCUGGGCAGCUCCUCUUCCUGGCUACCAAGGUAAUGUUAUAUCAUUUCAGCAAAAGCAAAAAACCUAAGCUUGGGAUCUGCAGGAUUUUUCCAAUUCUGCUUCCUUGUCUGGGCUCUAAGAGAUUUCUACCUCUCAAACCCUGAGUGACAAUUCAGGGAAAAGCAAAGGCAAAAGCCUUUUUUCAUCCUCUAGCCAGUUCUACCAAGCAACAGGUGUCAGUACAAGCUCUGAGGAAAUACAAGUCUUCCUAGAGGGCUCCCCUCUGCUGCUCUAAAACAUGGUCUCUUCAAUGUGAUGACUCACUACCAUCUCUCUAGGCAAUAUAUGUCUUAUAGUCACCAAACAAUUUCUAGGAGUCAGUUCUCUAGUUAGUUCCAAACCUUCACAUCUGUCACAUACAAGUUAGAUACUGAGAAAAAGGAUGCUUUGGCCAUAUUUAAUAUGAGUAAGUACCUUUUCCGGGGGUGGGGGGAUACCUUAAAAAAAAAAACCUUUCACAACUGUCCUUGUAUAUGUCCUUUGUCCGCAUCCAAAAGGGGCAUUCCCUUAUACUUUCAUUACCUACCUCACAGGGAUGUUGUGAGGAUCAAAUGAGAUAUUGUGUAUAAAGCGCUUUAUAACAGAAA